GUCACUCUUUGUUAUGAUAAUACCUACCUUUCAGUACUAGGAAGUCCUUCGCAAAAAUAUAGGCGGACGGUGCAUGGUCUGCGUCAGUUUGUAAUAGGCCCAAUUUAUGCGAUUUCAGCGGUUGGAACAGACGAGUUUUGUCAGAGAACACGGGGAUACGAUUUGUAGCUGUAAGAAAUUUCAAUACGCAACAUGAUGUCGAUCAGUGUCCUGAUGACGAUUGUGUUCCUCUUCGCAAGAACAUUUGGACAGACGAAUAUCUGCCAGCCGAACCCUUGUAGAAAUGACGGAAUAUGUCACAUUGUUUCUGCCAACACCUAUCGCUGUACCUGUCGAGAAGGACACUAUGGACCCAAUUGCGAAUUCGGCAACGGCGACGAAAUGGAGAAGGCGGGUUUCUGCCCAGCAGUUGGAACCGAUACCUCUGGAACCUGCGCUGAAGAGUGUGAGGGAGACUCGUCAUGUCCCGGGGAGAUGAAAUGUUGCUUCAAUGGGUGUGGUCACUCCUGCAUUGCUCCGGCAGCAGUGAGUGUGGAUGCGUGCCAUUCCAACCCAUGCAGCAGUGGCGGUACCUGUGUGGCCACGUUUGAUGGCUACGGCUGUUUUUGCCUAGCUGGAUACGUUGGAAAACGAUGUGAAUAUAGUCAGGCCGUUGCAGUGAGGCCAGGUUCCUGCCCCAAGACUGAAGUCAGGGAUGGUGUCUUUGGGAUGUGCAGCGAUGACUGUACCGACGACUGGUCCUGCCCAUUCCCGCUGAGAUGUUGUUCCAACGGAUGCGGGCGCGUCUGUACAGUUCCAGUCACAACAGGGGAUGUUGACUGGUGUAUGUCCAACCCGUGUGUUAACGGUGGCAUGUGCCUCACCAACAGCCAAGGGUAUGCCUGUAUUUGCCCCGACCAGAGAUUUGUCGGCAGUCGCUGCGAAGAAAUUCUGUCAUCUCCACAACCCUCGUCACCAGAGCUUGAUAAAGAGGAGAACCCUGAGGACGUCACUGGUAACCAAGAGCUGCCAACGACCAUCAUCGCUGUUGUUGUGCCAUGCACGGUGGUAAUUGCGGCUAUACUGGUGCUCACCGGGGUUUUCAUGUACAAGAGAAGUCAAAGAAACCAGACGAGCAAGUCGGACGGCGUAUCCGUGAACAGCCAGGAGCAUAUAAUAAAGGGUCCGGCUACGGUAUGCGAUCCUCAUUGUGUGGAACAGACACAUUGGGUUGCCUGAUGAGGUUGUGAAUCAGCUACGACUAUAAACCCUAUAUAAAUGCACUCAGCAUAUUUUGAACAUAAAUACCUGGCCAAAAACGCCUCACGCGACUGGUAUUAAACAAUUGAUAAAGACUCAGCUGGCCUGAGGCAAAACUGUAACAAGGCUGCAGGGGUGUUUAACAUAGACUAAGCUCUUGCACAAAUCGUAAGGAGUAUAUCUAGUUCUGACCCAAAAGGUUCUUCUUAAUGGGAAUAAAUAUGUGUCUGGAGGUCUUAAACGUCCCGAUGAAAUUGACUCAGGAGAAUUGACGCCGAUAGAGCCCCUCUGAAAUGGAAGUGCAAGGGAGGGGGCGUCAGUUUGCGAAGUACUGGUAUGCUUAAUCAAAUUGGUUAUAUUAUCCACUUUCUCCAUGUUUUCCUUUCUCCUGAUUUUUUUAAAAAAAUAUUUUAGCUUUAUUUCGCUCGUUGGUGAUGGGCGAGCGCUCAGUAUUUACAAGAAACCCAGCAGCUCAAAGAGACUAACUUAGAAAGAUCUAAACCAAAAUAAUAUAACUGAUAAACACAUUUAUAAUAUAAAUAUUUUAAUUUCUUUCGAUGUCUGUUUAUUUGCUUUCAGACAGAGCAUUCAAAAAAUAAAGAGUCUGUGUUCUGAAUACACGUUAUUAUCCAUCACUCUUAACCAGAAGUAGCAGAAUUCCUUUUCCUUCAGAAAGAAUGUCUGGAGACCAAGAUCUCAUUGAUCUUAUCUCGAAACUGGUUGCGUUUUGUUUGAAAAAAAAAUGGAUAUUUGUAAGUGAAAUGAAAACAGCAUUCACUUUGCAAAGAAACAGGAUGACCCAAAGUCUGAAAGAAGUCAAAAAAAAAUAAGCUUAACGUUUUGGCAAAGGGAUUCCAUUGUGUUUGACGGGUAAAAUGGCGUUCAGGAAAUAAACCUUAUUUUAAUAGCAGAUGACUAUAUGUGAAUAAACUUUAUGUUUUACGCUGUUGUAUA